UGGAGCAGGACCGGGACAUCUUCUCGCCGAAGCCCUACUGGAAGGAGUUCAGAUUCGACCUGACCCAGGUGCCCGCGGGCGAGUCGGUGACAGCCGCCGAGUUCCGCAUCUACAAGGCACGAGGUGCCACCCGCCACGGCAACAGCACCCUGCACGUGAGCGUGUACGAGAUCGCAGCCGAGCACUCCAACAGGGAGUCUGACCUGUUCCUGCUGGAUGUCCAGGACCUACAUGCUGGGACCGAGGGGUGGCUGGUGUUUGAUGUCACAGCUGCCAGCAACCACUGGUUAGUGGAUCAGAAAUACAACCUGGGGCUGCGCCUCUACGUGGAGACAGAUGAUGGGCACAGCGUGGACCCGGGCUCGGUGGGGCUCCUGGGGCGCCGGGGGCCCCGUUCCAAGCAGCCCUUCAUGGUGACGUUCUUCCGGGCCAGCCCCGGCCCCGCGCGC